AUGAAAAACAUAACAUUAAAAACAACAUCGAGAGCUCAUAAAACACUUUUAUCAGGAAAAUAUCGCCAAGCAAAGCAAGAAAUAAUCUCAGCAUAUGAUAGAACAAUAGAUGGAACCACAGAUUAUUCAAAUAUAGGAUUAUUGCAAUUAAAUUCAAUCGAGGUUCCAUCAACAACACAAAAUCUAUUGCUUAAUGGAAACCCUAUAAAAUCACUAGAAGGAUUAGGAAAUACAAUAAAUAUUCAUUUUCUGAACAUAGAUAAUACAGAAUUUGAAUCAUUCCGUAACUUCCCUCAAUUUCCAAACUUAGUGUCAAUUAGUUUAUCGCAAACUCCCAUUACAAAAAAUCCAGCAUUCAAAUCAGGAUUAAUAAUAUUAAUACCUUCCCUUAAAAAAAUUAAUGGUGAAUUGGUCACAAGAGCUGAGAGAAAAAUUGCUGAAAGUUUUAAUGAAAAAACCCCGCUACUGCUCCGAAAUGGCUGGACACCUUCGUUGCAUCCACCAAAUGAGCAAGAAACUUAUCAUAUUCUAAACCGUCUACUUGCUACUCGGAAAAUUAUUUCUUCCUCUAGAAACUUGAAUUCAAAAGAAUGUGUUACAUCACAACCCGCUCACACGAAAACCCUACGAGCAUAUCUCGAUUUGUCUAUAAAGAAAAAGCAGUUAGAAAUUGCUCAAUUAAACCAACAAAUUGAAGAUUCAUGA